AUGCCAAAGAAUAUGUGCCGCCAGCUCUUCCUGCUCCGCAAAAGUAAACAACCCGUCGCUCUCGAUACCCAAAACAAGAGUAGGUUGCUGAAUCAAAGCCAGCGCCUCGGCAACGGUCGGGGCGCGGUCGCGGCUCACGUCGUGGGUGUCCAGCUUGCGGGUCAUGGCGAUGUAACAGUUGCUGUCGAAGCGCUUGACGAACUUCUGUCCCUGGUAGCGGAGGUACGACUGCGCGGAAAACUCUCCUUGGCUGGGCCGUGA